AUGAGCAAGUCAGAACUCUACAAGGCAUAUGUUAGCAAAGGUCCUCAUGCUAUGUACUGUGAUAUCAUGUCAGAUCAGAAGUUGCGACCUGCGGCGGAGUUGAUUGUGAGAAUCUCCAACCCACUCCAUUUGAAAUACGCGGAAGACCUGGAAACACAACAGCAAGGUUCAACAGCCAUAUUGGAAUGGAAUGCUUGCAGGGCCUUGGGUGGUUCAAUGCCAACAGUGACGAGGAUUUUGUAUGCUCAGUCCAGUUCUGAAUUAUGUUCUGCUAUGCGGAUUUCCUCGCGCUGCCGGCCGCCGUUACCCUAUGAUGCUGUGAACUUGGAAGAUGACAUCACGCUUGUCCAAAAAGCAUCAGACUUUGCAGUGAACUUGGCUGCCAACUUUGCCUGGAGUGAACAGUUUCCUCAAUUGACGUUGCCACUAGCUGCAGCUUCACUUUUGUCUCAAGAUCCAGUUCGAAGAAAAAUUGGCAUGAAACACCUCAAAAGGCUAGUCACCGCGAUCACACGAGCAGAGAUGCAGGUGAAGAAGCAGCCAGAACUUGAACAAGUCCUGAAAACACUGGCAUUUCAGGAGGAGACACUUGCCCGUGAGGUCAUGACGCAUCUUUCACGCGGGCAGUUCAAGCUAGAUUCCAGUGGAACACGGGAUUGCAUACAGGUUAUGACGGAACUGUGUUCUGGAACAUCAUCCACAAAGGAGCUGUUGGAAAGCACUUUUGCUCACUUGUCGUACAUUGUCUCUGGUGCGAACAAGAACAAAGUCACCUCACCUGCGGCAUUGUGGAUCUAUGCAUCUGCCAGCCCCUACGUUGCCAAAAGUGGAAUGCACCAAAGCUUGCCAACAGAGGCUGAAUGGGUUCGUGCUACGUCUGAUUUUGGGAAAAGCAAGCAAGAGAUGUAUCAGCUCUUCAGUGGUGCUUUCAAGUCAGCUAAGACAGACCUUCCUUCUGCUCCAGAUGUUCACCUUCCACGAACGAGCAAGGGACUAGUGAAAACUGAAUGGAGGCUGUCUGGACCAGCUAGCCACUACAAAAGUAGUGCAGCAGCAGCCUACUUGCUCUUCGAUGCUCCCAACUUUGCCAAUGCGUCAUUUGCUUGGGCAGGUGUUUUCCUGCAGCGGGGCUGCUUCUUCUAUGACACGGUGGGAGACCAGUUCUUCCUCAGCUUAGGCUUCCAACAGUGGGCAGCACUGGGUGUGGAAAUGAAUGUGAUGAACAUUGCUGGGAAGGAGUAUCUCACGUUCAACACCGAGAAUGAGGAUGUUCACUUUUUGCACAACUUCUCCUUUGAUGAGACCUGCAAAUGGAGGUAUGUCUCACAUCGGAUCCUCCCUCCGGCCUGCUUGCCAGAUGCGCUCCCAGUUGGUGGCACUGCUUUUGAGGUCCUGGAUCGAGAUCAGUGGAUUGCGCGGGGAGCACUUCAAUCUGGGCUGAACCUCACUAUCGAACGAUUAAGGAAUGUGUGCACUGCCGUCAAGUGCAAGUUGCCACAGAGGGGGACUGGGAAGGGCGGUCGUAUCAAGAAAAUUGACAUAGUGCGGGCCUUGGUGAACCACUUGUGGCCAGAUGAGUCUGAAGACUUUGUCAAAGACAUCGUGCGCAAAAUGAUGGGUGAAUCCAAGGGUGACUUUGACAUUUCUGUUCUUGCCAUGGUGUCUGGGCUGGACACAGAAGAUCAAGAAUCUUUCGAACGAAUGAAGCAGGAUGCCAUGAAACAACUGGAAAAGAAGCUUUAUGGUCAGGGUGUUGAAGCAGGGCUGCAACAAGCCAAGAAACAAGGCAUCAGUGAGCAGAAAGCAGCAAGUGAUAUGAAGGAGAAGGCCGACGCCACAGCUGCAAAACUGACUGCAGAGAAGGAGGAAACCGACAAAAGCGCUGCAAUGAAGCAGUGGAAUCUCACCCCGCCUGAGCUGCGGCAGCUUCUUCCCGGCAAUGGCUCCAUCAGCGACACCAAGAAACUUCAGAGUUGCCAGAGGUCAUUUCCAACCAAUCAGUGCCCGAAAGCGAUAGAUGCACUAUCCACCGUCCUGAACUUUGCCUACAAUCGCUGGAAUGAGCUGAACCCCAAUGACAAAUACGAGAUGUUCCUCGCCAUUGAUUUUGUGUUUGGUUUGUGCUUUGUAUUGUUUUGUGUUUUUUACAUACAAUGCGUUCCAACUAUUAUUUUGAGCGUGUGAUCUCAUUGGAUGGGACUGGUGAAGCUGGAGUGUUUCACUGGGUACGUUUUUUGAAACUCAUAUGACAACUAUAUAUUAUGACUUUAUAUUUUACACACUAAAUAUUUAUAUCAUUGUGGUAGUGGCCGCUUUGUGCCCAGGCCAUCCAAGCAAACGCUGCGUGACCACAUCGCGACACUGUCUCUCUCCGAUGAGUUGGUCGGUGAACCAUAACAGGUGGUUCUGACAGUCUGAUCCAAUUUCCUCAUCCCAGGGUUCCAGAAACACCCAUGACGACAUCGCACUCCAUGACAUUUGCCAGAGAUUCUGUCAGUCAGUACUUAAAAAGCACUUCUCUGUUAUUGAUGGACACCUGGGUGGUGCACGUGCGGUGUCGCCCAAAUAUGUUUUUAUGAGCUUCUUACUUUCCCUGAAUUGAAUUGAACGUAUUU